AUGCGAGUGACUCCUCUUCCACCAGUAUCCUCAGCACAGGGAUCUAAUCGCUUUCAAAAGUAUACACAGGACCUACACCAAGAUGUCCCUUCAGAAAGUGUAGCUAGCUCGGAUGACUUGCAAGAGCUCUUUUCAACUGGCAGAUCGUGCUGUAUCGAUACGAUAUGCUCUAUUCGCUUUAUUUUAAUACUAUUUACAAUUGUUAGCUUGGUAUUGACAUGUCUGAUGAUUUGGAUCAUACAGAUUGUAUUGUGGAGUCAAAACAUUGCUUUAGAUAUAGGAGUUAUCUCGAUGGUUGUGUGGCCAUGCUGUUUGAUGGCUAUAUUGAUAUCUGUGGCUUCCAUAUGCAUCAUUUCACGUCAUAUCCUAUCAAAACCAUUGAAUCUACUUACACUGCAAAUAUACAACCUGAGAUACCUGAAAUUAGAUUCCAUAAAAGUGUUAAGACAUCUUUUAAAAGAAUAUAUACCCCUGUUUGUAAUUUUUAGAGAAUUAGCAUCAUUAAUGAAGGAGAUUCGAUCGUUCAUUCCAGAGACACUCUUAAACAACAUGACAGAGGAGAAUCAGGAAGAAGAAGAGAGAAGAAGAGAAGAACAAUUAAGACAAAUGCGAGCAAAAAUAUUUCAACACCAAUCGUCAAAGAACAGUAUAUCUAGCCACCAAAGCAUUGGAAGUCAUUCGAAAGGGAGCAACUCACUCCCAAGUGCCUCUUUGGCUGUAAGCCAAAACACAGAGCUCAUGACUCUCAGAUCAGCAGUAGCGUCAGUUGCCACAGAUAAGACUGGAAAAUCUGCAACAUUAGGGAAAACAGUUCAACUAGGAUUAGGAUUAUCUUCCUAUAUAGCUACCACAAUCGUCAUUCAAUUGAGGAAUUAUGAUGGACAGUGUUAUCCAAUCAUAACAGAUUUAUCAGCUGUUUUUACCAUGUUUUUCCAAAAAGUUCAAACUGUCAGCCGACAAUUUAAGGGAAGAUGUACCAUCAUUUCACCAAAAAUUGUCAUGGUCUCGUUUGAAAGUGGAAAGAAUAUUGAGAAAAAUGCAUUGUUGUGCGCGCUGCAGCUUGGGAAACAAAUUGAGGCUGUGAAUGAGCAGCUAAGAGAUCAAGUGAAUCUACCAACAUUACAAUAUGGAAUUGGAGUUUCUCGUUCUGAAUGUUUGGUUGGAAAUAUUGGAACAAGUCAAACAAAAUAUGCUGCAUGCAUUGGAAAUUGUCCAAGCAAUGCUUUGAGACUUGCAAGUUUGAAUGAAACAUUUGGAACAACCAUAUUGACCGAUGAUUCUCUUUUAAUUGCACUUCAAGGGUUUGUCUCACGUCCUGUUCAUAUGGUAAUGAAGAAAUCAAUUAUGAAGGGAGUAGAAACUCUAUCUUUGGACGGAGACGACGCCAAACAAACCAUCUAUCAAUUAAUUUCAGAAAAGAAAGUGAACGAAGAUGAAUGGCUCUAUCAAUUGCAUCAAGAAACAGAACAAAGUAAAUACGACAGGUAUUCCUGCGCGUUUGACCUCCUUAAGGAUAGCGUGAACGAUGCCACGCUAGAAGAGAUUUUACGAGUCUUCACUCAAUACCUACAAUCAGAUCCAAACGACAAAGUCAUUUCUUUGCUCUAUACUCAACUGAAAGAAAUCCAAAGUUUUGACGAGAAACAAAUAGAGGCACGAGUUAAAGAAUUGUGUCUCGAUAACUGUUCAGUUGUUAAGCCAAUGACAAGCGACUCAAUUUUGUAA